UUCAUUCACAGACUUUACAUUAGGUGACGCAUCCGAGUUAUUUUUAGUUACUUCUGUUUUCUUUUGUAGAUAUCGGUUCGCGUCUGAUUCCAGUUCCGGGUAAAAACUCAAAAAUGUCUGUUGUAGGUUAGUUGUGGAUAAACAACAGACCAGGUUAAGAAAUGGAAGUAACUCGAUUAAAUUUUCAGGAGAUUCUGUCAGAAUUGGAUGAUGUUCUAAAAAAUGCAUCAUUUCUUGCAAUUGAUGGAGAAUUCACAGGACUAAAUUCAGGUCCUGAUGCUGGUGCUUUUGAUAUACCUGCCCAGUAUUACACAAAAUUAAGAGCAGGUUCAAUGGACUUCCUUCUUAUACAAUUUGGCCUGUCUGUUUUUACAUUUGAUACACAUACACGCAAGUACAAUCAACGGUCGUACAAUUUUUAUGUUUUCCCACGGCCUUUAAAUCGCGCAGCGCCAGAUUCAAGAUUUAUGUGUCAAGCAUCCUCUGUAUCAUUCUUGAUUGCUCAAGGGUUCGAUUUCAAUAAACUUUUUAACUUGGGCAUUCCAUAUUUAACGACGAGCGAAGAAGAAAAGUUAUUAAAGCGGUUAGAAGAGAGGCAAAAAGCACGCGACGAAGUACCAGAGUUGAUACCCAUAUCAGAUGAAGAUAAACCUCAAAUCACAAACAUUUGCUCAAGGAUAGAAGAAUUCAUAGCUUCUGAGACGAAAGAAUUGAUAAUAGACAAAUGUAAUGCAUAUAUUAGGCGACUUGUGCACCAAGAAGUAAGAUUACGGUGGCCAAACGUAUUAAGAGUUGAAAGUAGAUCGGAUUGUGCCGGACAAUGUCUUGUAGUGCAAAAGUCAGGAACUAAGCAAGAAGAAGAACAAAAGGAAGUUGAAAGAAGAGAAAGAGAAAAGUUGGAAAUUAAAGAAGCAGCUGGUUUAAGUACACUCCUGAGAAAGAUUGCUGAUUCUGGUAAAUUAAUAGUUGGGCAUAAUAUGUUAUUGGAUAUUUGUCACAUAAUACAUAAAUUUUUCGGACCAUUACCAGAAAGUUAUUCGGAAUUUAAAUCUCUUGUUCACAGUUUGUUUCCUAGACUUUUAGAUACAAAAAUACUUUGCCAAUCACAACAGUUCAAGGAAAAGAUACCUUCAUCGAAUUUAAAUGAAUUACUAGAAAGUGUUAGCAAAUCGCCGUUUGAAAUUUCAGAAAUAAUACCUAUUGAUGGUAGAAGUUAUUCCACAUCGGCGGAGAAAUGUCAUGAGGCAGGUUACGACGCUUAUAUCACUGGAAUAUGUUUCAUUGCAUUGUGUAAUUAUCUUGGUCGUUUACAAAAGCCCGAAAUUCCUAUAGUCCUUCCGGAAUCACCUCUUCUCAAUCCAUUUCUAAAUAAACUUCUUAUAGCAAGAUUAAAAGACUUUCCUUAUAUAAGUUUAGUAGGAAAAGACCCAAAUCCUAGUAGAGAUCACGUGUUCCAUUUAACAUUCCCGAAAGAAUGGAAGUAUAAUGACAUUUCGCAAUUGUUUAGUCCAUUUGGAGGUGUGUAUGUGUCAUGGUUAUCGGACACAUCCGCGUAUGUAGCUCUGAAUCGUCGAGAACAAGCUAUUUCAGCUGCGAAGAGUUUACGUAAAAAAUCAGGUACAUAUAAAAUACAAAAGUAUGCAGAGUACCAAGCAUCGUUGGAGAAUCUUAACAGGGGAGAACGGAAACGAAAGUUAAGUAGCUUAUAUAUAAGCUAUUCCACGAAUGAAACUGCCGAGAAGGAAAGCGAAGAAAAGGCUACGCCGACGAGCGAGACGAACGCGGCAGAUGCUGACGACGGCUGGAAAGUGGCGACAGAGAACGUAGAACAAGAAGGGAGUAGAGAAGACGACAAUUGCGCCACGCAAGACAAAUUCAAAAUGUAACUUCUCUGAAACACAACGUCAGGAAGAUUUUUUUACUUCUUUUCUUUGCUAAAAUUUUGUUUAAUUCUCUCACUAUCACACGUCAGCAUGUUUAAAAAGUCUACGUGUAACUGACUAUUACAUUUUUUAUAUUUUUACACAAAGGUUUAAUUCCAGGAAUUGACUAGGUAUCCAAAUGAAAUUUAACGUCUGUAUAUGAAACCAUUUAUAAUCCUGUUUCGAAUUGAAAUAUGCUUUCGUCGUUUCAAGAUUUCGUUGCAUUAAUCGUAAUAUUUCAAAGACACCAUUAAUCGGACAGAGAUGGUGAUAAAAAAAUAAAUAGAAAAUGCAAAAACUGGAUUAAUGGAUUCCAUAUGAACUGAGUCUGAAAGAUAUAACAUUUAUUCAAAUAUCCAUAGAAUUCAAACUAAGCCUGGACACUAAACAGAAAGAUUCGCUCAGACAAGAUUCAAAGGAUUUUUGCGCAGCGUCGUGGUUGGCGAUAUAAAAUGGAUUUUGUACGACAACCGUAAGCAGAGAAAAUCGUAAAUCGAACUUGAUCAACCAUAAACAUCGACAUCUAAAGCCAUGUUUACUCUCGAAAGGUGUUAUUGUGCGUUUGGUGGCGUAUUACUCGCGUUGUACGCCAUGAGUUACAGCAAUCGGAUCAGAUUGUUGAUUUAGAAUAUUACCAACAUCAACUCAUUCGUUUGUGCGAUGGAAUAAAAUGAAAAAGGUUGGAUUUACUGACAACAGAACUGGACAAGUCAUUUUGUAGCAUCAAAACUCGGCCACAAAAAGAUCAAAGAACGUUAUUUAUUUCUUGCUCUCGGAAGAUCGUUCUAGUGCUAUUGUAUGACUGCUUAUUCCGGUUGCUUGAAGUGGAAAAAGUCUGAAAAUCAGUUGACCCAUUCUUCGACUUAAAGCCACCAGCUUUUCUGCAAAUUUAUUUGUUAGGCGAUCGACAAAUGGAGUAAAAUCAUUGAAAAUUAUUUUAUCGACAUUUUUAUUCAGACUCUGUGAAUAUUUAUAUGCUUCGAACUAGAUAUUUCGAAUAUUUAUUAAUUCAUUUUAUUUAUUCAAAAUAAGCUUUCUCUAUAACUUUGCUCGAAUUAUAACGGUCUAUAAAGAAAUCUGAAAGCAUGUCUAAUAUGAACAAUUUUAUAUAGGCUAAUUCAACAUGGUAUAUCUUAAGAAAUUGUCAUCUUUUGCUACAAGAUUUCAAGAAAGAAUGUUGUUAUAUUAAUAAAUAUUUGUUCAAAAUAGUCAUCUUGUACGUUUCUUUUCGUCGUUAGAAAAAGUUUUAGGAUUGACCUACUUUUAGAUAGGUUUAUUUAUCUCGUAAAGGAAAUUAUACGUGCCCUAUGAAACAUCUAUAGCGGCUCACAUAAGCAAAAUACUCAUAAAUUCAUGUAAAAAAAUUAUGCACUAGACAGUUUUCUAAGAAAACACUUCAUUAUAUAAUUUAAUAAUACACAACAUUUUUAAAAAAUGUACGUUGAAACACAGUUUAUAUUGGGUGUCCUAGUUUAAUCUCCCGAGGUAUAUAUUUCGAAAAAUAUAGAAGAUAGAAGUAUUUUCAAUAUAAAUUUUAUUUACAGUAUACCCUGAGAAGCCUUACUUUAAAAUAAAUCUUACAUUUUUAAGUGAGAUCUUUUAUAUAUUUUACAAUUAUAAAUAGUAAUUCUAUCUUAAGCAGAUUCAUUAUUCUGGUAUUAAUUAACAACUUCAAACCUUAGGGUAAUUCAUGUUCAAAUUUUUAGUCACUGAUAACAUAGCCAUUGGUAAAUUUAAUGGUUGAAAAUUAUUACUAUUAAUAUCUUCAAAAUAACUGACGCAAAAGGCACAAGUACUAGUACUUUGAAAAUCAUUUAAUAGCAAAUACUAGACUAUUAUAAAAACUAUAGAUUUUUGUUAAGAAAUUUAAAGCUGAUUUUCCUAGAGUUAAAAUCGUUUCCUUGGAACUUGUUUUCCGAAAUAUUUGUCUAAAGAAAUGGAAAUAAGACACCUUGUGUCUAUUUAUUAGUUGCCGUGCCUGCUUGUAACCUGUUAGCCCGUUCGG